UAGGCGGCGACCUGGCGUGCGGCUGGUAAGUGACGUGAUGAAGUGAUGAAGCUGAAAGCGUCCUUCUUGCUCCGGAGUCUGGUGGCGGCGGCGGCAGAUCCCCCUCUUCUCAUCGACGGCAUCCCCAAGCCCAAGCUGCCACCCCGCGGAGGUGCCGGCCUUCCGGAGCUACCCGGCAGCGGCGCUUGGAGACCUCGGCCAGCAAACAGGCGACGGCGCGAUAGGCACCGACGGUUUACUGUUGGAUAUUAUCACUCCGUGAUUCAAUUUCAUCGUUCCUCAACCUACGCUCAUCUUCCUUAUCCACGGUAGCAAUUUUUCUUCUUCUUUUUUAGUAGAGAAACUCUAGCAAAGUAGCAGUGAAAUAGUAACUGGCUAGUACUGAACUGAUUCACUGACGGGAACAACACAAGGGUUCUGAUUCACUUCGUGGAGAUGGACCUAAUUGUGGUUCUGAUUUUGACAUGCACCGUCGGCCGAUUGACAGGAAACCGACCUCCAUCAGCAAAGCAGCAGUGUCUGUAUUCAAGUGUGGGUUACUCUUCUUUCACGUAUGUGCAGGACCAGGUCAUCAAUGACGCCGCUGGCCCAGCUACAUCUUGCUGUUCAGCGUUGAACUCCUCCAACAUCGAGACAUCGAUCGAUCGAAUUCACACGGCAUGUAGCUCUGUGUAUAUAGCAUAGCACAAGAUGGUUGGAAGCUUGAACUCUGGAGGGAUCAGCAUGCAAGAAUGGAGGGAGCAAGAACUUGCUGCAUCACAUGUCGCUUCUCUCCAGCCAGCAAAUCCAUGUGCGUACUGCUCCUACUCCUUGCUGGUAGUCUUCUGAGCACCACACAUGCUGUUCCAACCUCUUCCCUGUCUUUGGCGCCGAUCGCCGCGGACGAGCAGGCUCUGCACUCCUUCAGGGCUCUUGUCACCGGCGACCCACACGGGGUGCUCUCCUCAUGGACCUCCGGCAAUGGGACCAGCGCCAAUGUGACCGGCAUGUGCAGCUGGAGAGGCGUGGGGUGCCACUCCCGCCUGCACCCUGGCCGUGUCACCUCGCUGGAGCUGCCGUCCUCCAACCUGACCGGCGCCGUCUCUCCCUUCCUUGCCAACCUGACGUUCCUCCGCACGCUCAACCUCUCGCACAACUCCUUCUCCGGCAACAUCCCAUGGGAGCUCGGCUUCCUGCCUCGCCUCUGGUACCUGGACCUCCGGCACAACUCCGUGCAAGGCAUGAUCCCCCUCUCGCUUGCUCGUGCCUCCAAGCUCCGGAUCUUGCAGCUGGAGUACAACAGCCUUAUGGGGGAGAUCCCAGCCAACCUGAGCUCUCUGCCGGAGCUGGAGGUCCUGGACGUCGGCGCAAACCAGCUCUCCGGUGCAGUCCCACCAUCGUUCGGUUCGCUCUCGAAGCUCACGUACCUGGGGUUGUACCUGAACAAUCUAGCAGGAGGCAUUCCGCCAUCUCUCGAAUAUGGAAUGGACGGCAAAGCUUCCAUCCAAGGCGAUGUAUACAGCUACGGGGUUCUUUUGCUUGAGAUGUUCACUGGAAAGAGACCGACCGACAGCUUAUUCCAGGGAGGAAAAACUCUUCAAAGCUAUGUUUCAGCAUGCCAUCCUGACAGGAUAAUGGAAAUAGUUGACCCAACUGUACUACCUCUGAACAACGGAUAUUUGAGUAUACUGGACAGUUCUUGCGAUGGAAUUGACGCUAAAAAGCUGCAAGAGUGCAUGGCAUCGAUCUUCCGAGUCGGUUUGCAGUGCUCCCAAGAAUCCUCUAGAGCAAGAAUGCAUAUCAGCAAUGCCAUCAGAGAGCUUGAGGUGAUAAAUGAUGCGUUGGUGAACGACUGUUAAUAUUUGUGGAACUAUGUUUGAAAUUUCUCACGACAGAGAUGAAUGUAGUAUUGGAAGAGACAAGUGCUCAAUGCGGAUGUCGUCAGAGGGCAAAUCGCAGCGAAGAAUGUCCAUGUUGAUUGUUGAGUAUGGGGUAUAGAGUGUAGUGUGGCUAUUUAAUUUUGGUUUGCAGUAAAAGCAUGCUAUGAAUCAAAUUCUUCCUAUGUAUGUGUUCAUUUGGUAGGUAAAGUAUACUAGACAACUAGGUGCUUCCUGACUAUCCUAUGCUCUCUUGAGAUGUCACCAGAGAUCUAAUUGUUGUGUGGAAUGCUUAUGAUGAGUGGUUA